AUGUCAAAUAAUGAUCCCGAUCCAUCAAAUAAUUUAUUAGCAUCCAAUACAGAAUCUAUUGAAUUUCAUGAAAUUAUAAAUACGGAUGAAACAGUUGCAAACUCAACAACACCGGUUGUUGAGAACACAGAUUUAGUUCACAAUGACAAACCAACGAGCGACUCAACACUAGGUGACCGGAAGUGUGUAUCAAGGUCAUUAGAACUAACACUCUUAUCACAAACAACACAUAAAACCACCAAUGAUGAUCAAUAUUUUCUUGAUAUCGAUAAAGUUAGUGUAAAACUUCGUCUAAUUGAAAAAUUAAUUAAUUCAUGUAAAGAUUUAAUUAAACAAUCAACAUCCAUCGAUGCAUGCAUUGAAACUUUUACCAAAAAUUUUCAUCAUUUUUCUGGCGCACUUAUUCAAGCUGGAAAUGAUUUAAAACAUUGA